AUGGAGCUCAAAGUUCCUCUGCUUACUCCCUCCUCCGUGAGAUAAAAAAAAUAAUCCUGUUCAAAGGUUCUGAUUAGUUAAAAAUUUCAUUACUAUUAUAAAUUUUACGCAAAAAAUAUGGGUUUUCCCAAAGAGUUAGCAGUCUCGCAAAUUCUUCGACUAGUCAAGACAUCGAGCUAAAACUCAAAGCAAAUCCUAAUAUCGGCGAUCUCUUCACCUCUUUCCCUGCCAAUGAUUCCAGAAGUGACAUCCAAAGCAUCCUUAAAAACCUAAUGCGAAUGAAGCCAGAUGAAAUUCCUAUUCCAUUCAAAGGGAACUGUCUGCAACUUACCAAAGACAAAUCUUCUUUUGUCUUCUGCAGUGUCGAAGGAAGGCUUGGGAUCUGCAAUCGCUUAACCAAAGAAGUCACCAAUGAUGUGAAACUGUCUGACAAUGGCCUCUACGCACUGGCCCUUUUCAACAAUGAUCAGUAUGUUUUUGUCGGGGGAAAAGACGCAAUAAUUUUUAAAUACAGGCUAAGCGAUUUUAAGUUAGUUAAAAAGUACCAAGGACAUGAAGGAAAAAUCAGUGAAAUCUUUUUCUCAGGUGAUGAAAAAACCAUGUACACUUGUAGUGAUGACAAAAGUGUCAGAAUUUGGGACCUAAGUGAUGGCAGCUCAGAAAUUAUUUAUAAGCACAAUGAUAGGUCACUGUGUAUGAGUGUCUCUGAAGAUGAAGAGUGGCUUGCUACUGGAGGCGCUGACAGAACAGUGUUUGUGUAUGACUUAAAAAAUAAAAAUGUCUUACAAACUUUAGAUGGACCGACAAAUAGUAUAUGGGGCAUCAAAUUUUCGAAGUCAAAAUCAAUGCUAGCUGCUGGAGAUAAUGAUGCAGGCUGCUUUAUAUGGGAUUGCAAAAAUUGGAGCUUAUUGCGACAGUUAGUAGGACAUGAAGCAAGAGUGUCUUGUAUUGAAUUUUUAGAUAAUGAAAAAGUUGUAAUCAAAUAAAAUGUUGGUUAUUAAGUUUAGCGUCCUUUAAUAGGUUGUCAGCUUCCACGACUAUCUCCAAAACCGCUCUGGGGUAUUCGCGCCAUCUUCCUCUGGCCCGCUAAAGUGUGACCACCUUGAGCUUAUUUCAAGAUGAGGAUGCCAGUCUUGAGUUUGGGCUCUACUUGGAUCCUUCAGGCACACUAAAGGUCCCAGUCUCUACCGCUAGAAUAGGAUGUACCCUACUGUAAAGCUCGAUUACCUAAGGUUCCGUUAUUCCACCUGAUUCUUUCUAGCCUUAUUUAGCUAGGAUAAUUUUACAAGAGGAAACUAAAACUCAUAAUUAAAAUAUGCAAACGAUGAGUUUUCUGCAGAGAGGCUAGAAAUUAGAGCAUCGUCAUAUUUUAAUUAUGAAAAAGUAGUAAUCACGGCCAGCAAUGAUAAAACUGUAAGAAUUUGGUCAUUAGAUCACGAUAGAAAAGAGAUUGUAUACACAGGACACAAAAAUUGGAUCAAAUCAAUGAUGCUUAUUCCUCCUGACGAGCACACAUUAAAGCAUCUGUUUUUAUAAAAAAUAAUUUCUAAAAAGCAAAAAAUAUAUUUAUAUAUAUUUGAUAAUUGCUUUUUAUAUUUGAUAAUUUUUUUUAUAUUUGAUAAUUAUUUUUUAUAUAUUUGAAACAAUAUAUAUUUAAAGCAUCAUAUUAUAAAAUUAUUAGAAAUUGCCUUUGAAUAUCAGAUAAUUGAUCAUUAAUAAAAGCUCGAAUAAAAAUUUAAAUCCUUUGCUUACUAACUCCCCCCCCCCCCUCCGUGAGCGAACAAAAAAAUUUUUGUUCGCUCACGGAGGGGGGUUAUUUUUUUUUUUAAAAACAAUUUAUAUAUAAAUUUUAUAAAAAAUAUUUUUUUCGAAAUUUAAAAAAAUCCUAAUUUGCAAAAAUUGGGAAGCAAAUAUUAAUUUAAUUUGCAAAAUUUAUGUUUUAAAACGCAAUUUGUUUAAAAUUAAACAGAAUUAGCUCUAGAUUUCAUUAUACUAAUUAUCACUUAUAUAUCAAAAUUUUUUUUCAUUAAAAUUUUUUCUAUUAAAAAAAUUUUUGUUCACUCACGGAGGGUGGUUUUUGGUCAAAAAAUGGCGAUUUUUCUAAUGGUUUUGUUCGCUCACGGAGGGGGGGGGGGGGAGUAAGGGGAAAUAGCGAUGAUCAACGAUCAAUUUACACAACUUCAGAAGACUGCAGAAUCCUCGUAUGAAAAGUCCCAGUAAAUCUUGAUAACGAAUGAAAAUUAACAGGCCACACAGAAAACGUUUACAAUUGCUUAUACUCUCAAAAAAGAGACCUAAUUUUCACCAAUGCAAAUGAUAAAAAAGCAAUUAUCUGGGACCCAAUUAAAAAAGUCAAAGUUAAAGAGCUUCUACAUGAGGCUGGAAUUUAUGCAAUGACACUGACACAAGACGAAAAUUACUUGAUUACUUGCACGUCACAAAAACAGAUGAUUAUGUGGAAUAUUGACACUUAUGAGCCUUUCAGUAUAAAUGAGCUUUCAAAUGUGACUGUUAAAGCAGUUUGCUGUACUCCUGACGGGAAGUAUUAUGUUACUGGAGAUACAGAAAACAGAAUUACAGUGACUGAGUAUAGAGAUCCAUCAAGCAACCAAGAAAGACCAGUGAAAUACGUAUUUAGGAAGCAUAAAAACACUGUGUGGUCUCUUGCCACAACUCAUGACUCUAGCACACUUAUAACUGGUGGCGAAGAUGGGUCUAUAGUUUUAUAUGACCUUAAUAUCGGCUCUGAGAAAGGCCAGCUUUUGGGACACACAAAAAAAAUAAAAUGCCUUGCAGUGUCAAGAAACGAUGAAAUCCUCAUAUCUGGCUCUUGGGACAGCACUUUUAAGAUAUGGAGUAUAAACAAACUAUUUUUAUACAAAACAGUUACUUUUCAUACAGGAGCAAUCAAUGGGGUUUAUUUUUCAAAAGAUGAAGAAUACUUCAUUGUCGCCUCGACUGACCAAAAAGUGUCAUUUUGGAAUUACCGUGAUUUUUCAUAUAUCACAAAUUUGACUUUUGAUGACCUUUGCUUACUCUAUCCCCUUUUAAAUUGGACAAAAUUCUUUUUAAUUUUGAAUUUUAAUUUAUACUUAUGAAUUAAUUAUUUAAAUUAAUCUGGUCAGUGUCAAACUGUUUAAAUAGCAUAAUACUAGCACUUCCUUUAUUAAAUUAGUUUAGGCCAAUGGAAUUUAAUAGAAAUAUUAUUUAGCCUUAAAAUUUUUCAUUGAAAAAUAAAUUUGUUCCAAUUUUAAGGGGAUUUUAAUUUACUAAAAAAUAAUUUUAUCGAUAUUUUGUUACUAACUCCCCCCCCCCCUCCGUGAGCGAACAAAACCAUUAGAAAAAUCGCCAUUUUUUGACCAAAAACCCACCCUCCGUGAGUGAACAAAAAUUUUUUUAAUAGAAAAAAUUUUAAUGGAAAAAAAAUUUUGAUAUAUAAGUGAUAAUUAGUAUAAUGAAAUCUAGAGCUAAUUCUGUUUAAUUUUAAACAAAUUGCGUUUUAAAAACAUAAAUUUUGCAAAUUAAAUUAAUAUUUGCUUCCCAAUUUUUGCAAAUUAGGAUUUUUUUUAAAUUUCGAAAAAAAUAUUUUUUAUAAAAUUUAUAUAUAUAAUUUUUUUUUAAAAAAAAAAAAAUUAACCCCCCUCCGUGAGCGAACAAAAUUUUUUUGUUCGCUCACGGAGGGGGGGGGGGGGAGUAAGCAAGUUAGCUGUAAAUUGUUCUCCAGAUGAUAAAACCUUGUAUGUGGUCGAAAAAUCAAAUAUAUUUAUACAAGAAAACCCAAUGAGUACAGAAAAAUUUGGAUUUUAUGGUCCAGAAAGGUCAUCUCAAGGGAUCAUUGACUAUAUAGCGAAGCUAAUUAAUGCUGAAGAAGUUGAGCACGACCCAGAGAUGGACAAGUGGCUUAUAGCUCCAAUGAGGAUGAAUGCAGUCCAUCUUUAUGCUUAUUUUAAUCUUCAACUCCAUCUAAAGCAAGCAUUUCAUUUAGGGUCUCCAAUUUACAACUCAAUCAUGAAGCGAAAUCCUUUGUCCUUAUGUAUUGAAAGAGAUUUCACUGAUUGUGCUAAUAUAAUCCUCGGCUCUCUAGAGAAAAAAGUCAAUGAGUCUCCUUAUUCUCUAUAUUUAGUUGAAGAUUUGCUUGUAAAACUUAACGAAAAAGGCUAUGCAAACCUUAGUGAGUUUUAUAACUAUUUAAUAAUUCCAUCAAAAGACAUUACCCUUCCAAAAUUCAUCGAUCCUUUGGCAAGCUUGCCAGUUGUCUUGGAAUCUAACACAAAUGAAAUUAUUUCUGAUAAGUUCGCCCCUAAAGAAAUGUACAAGAAUGAAGGAAAAUCAAUCCAGUUUUGGAGCAGCUAUGUUAAGAUUGACACCCAGAUUGGUUCUGAAGCGAGUGUUAACUUUUUGGAAAGCCUUAUUGAUUGCCCAAAUCCUGAUAUUUUUAGGACAAGGUUUAUCAAAGUGAUUUUAAACAAAAAAUGGGAAACUGUUAGAUGGAUCAUGAGGCUUCAAGGCUUGAUAUAUGGGACUUAUUUAUUGCUAUUGUCUAUAUACACAACGAACUUUUUAGGCUCAGUGGCAUUUUUAGCUCCUAUUUUUGCGAUAAAUCUGUUUUUGCUUUCAUAUGAAGUUUUCCAGAUGGGCGUUGCAGGGCUUGAUUAUUGGUCUGAUCCAUGGAAUUAUUUGGAUUUGACUAGAAGCUUUACAUGUGUUGUGUAUGCAGUGCUUUUAUUCAUAGAAGUCGGACUUGAGGCAAAUGAGAAGCUGUUCGUUUUCUUGACUUUGCUUUCUUGGAUUAGAGGGAUUUCUUAUUUCCGCUUAUUCCAAAAAACACGUUAUCUUAUCGAUUUAAUUUCUGAAGUAUUUUCGGAUAUGACGUCGUUUCUAGCCUUACUUUUCUAUUCAACUCUUGCAUUUUCACUCAUUUUUGUUGCAAUUACAAAAGGAGAAGGCGACAGUUUUGCUAGCUACCUAACUAUUUCUUAUAGACUUGACUUACCCUUUUUCUUGAGGACAUAGUGUCUUUCUUUCAUCAAAUUUUUUUUUAAGAUUUUAUAUAUAUAAAAUAUUUUUAUUUUCAAUAAGUUUGCAUUUAAAAAAAAUUUAGCAGAAUUUUUUUUUAUUCAAAAACAGUCAAAAUAUAUUUAAAAAACCUCUAACUCGUUCACACACAAGGCUAUUAUAUUAAGAAAUUAUAUAUUGAUCAAAGGAUUUAGGAGAUUUUGAUACUGCAGGAUACUCCACGAUUGAUUGGAUAAUAUUUUUCCUAGCUUCAGUCAUAAAUCCAUUGAUUAUGCUGAACUUAUUGAUUUCAAUCAUGGGUGAUACCUAUGAUAGAGUUCAAGAUGGCAGAGAAAUAUCUGACCUAAAAGAACUUGCUGAAAUGGUCCUGGAAGCUGAAACUUUGCUUUACUGGAAAAGAGGACUAGGGCAAGCACUUUAUAUCCAAGUAUUAGGUGAGCAAGAACAAACUAUGGAGGUUGAUACUUGGCUCGGGAAAGUCAGAGAACUAAAGCUUAAACUUGUGACUAUUCAUAAGUCAAUCAAUAAUAUAAGCAUCACCCAUACAAAUGACUUUAAGAGGCUUGAAAACAAAGUUGAUGUUCUGAGAUCUGCUGACAAAGAAGAAGUUCUAGGGAAAAUUGAAGAAAUGAAUAAAAGUUUCACAGCUUUUAAAGAAGAAAACCAAAAGCAGAUGAAUGAGAUUAAAGAGCUUCUCUCUAAAUCAGAAUAA